AUGUCGACCAGUUCCAAAGCUGGUACUGAUGCCGUUCUGCUCGUCGGCGAGAAGGAUCGUGGUGGUCGUGGUGGUCGUGGUCGUAGGGGUCGUGGUGGGCGUGGUGGGCGUGGUGGGCGUGGCGGCCGCGGUGGACAUCAUGUCCUUAAGUUCAAGAAUUCUCGUUCCUGCGGUGCUUGUGCCGGUCGAGGCAUACACCACAAGUAUGACUGCCCCCAAAAUCCCCGACUUGUUCGCCCUCCCUCCAUUGGUGUCCAAGUCACUGGCAGUCAUAACGUGGUGAUGAACUUCCCGGAGCUGCCCUUGGGCCUGGGCUUCGGCCCAAAUUUGACUACCACCGGGGGCUUCGCCCCCCAAAAUUUCAACAACUGGGUAGGGGGUGCCCGUAAUCUCGCCGUAAACCCGCUGGCUUUAUACCAGCAGCAACAGCAAUUGAUGCAGCUAUUGCUGCAAGGGGGCCCCACCCUUAAUUUCCAAAAUCUGUCUGCCGCCCUCCCAAACCAUCCUAAUAUUGCGGAGGAUGAGGAGAAUGAAAGAGAAGAAGAAGAGGAGGAGGAGGAAGAGGAAGAGAAGAUUGAGCAGAUGGAGGAGUAA